ACAGGAAGACAAGCUCGUCUCUCACAGGCGUCAAGUUUCGUUACGGUUGUUCAUUCUUUCUGAUACACAACACAAGACUGGGAUUUACAUUUUUAGUAGAAACAGAUAGAAAUUGGAAACGCCAAUAACGGACUGUUAGAAGGGAAGGUUAUUAAAAAGCCAAGUAAAUCAUUCUGUAGUCCUGUAUCUGCAGAUCGAUGAUGGAAACACCCAUUCCUGUUCCUGAACUGCUGUUAGCCAUUUUAGAAGAGCUAAUCACUGAAGACCUUAAGACAUUCCAGUGGUACCUGACUCAGGUUGUGCUCAGCGAUUUUCCUCCCUUCCCUAAGAGCAAGCUGGAGAACACGGACAGGCUAACCACUGUGGAUAAGAUGAUCAAGACCUCAAGCUAUGAGGGAGCUGUGAAGGUGUCACUAGAGAUCCUGAGGAAGAUGAACCACAACAAUCUCGCUGAGAAACUACAGAGAGACAGCCAAAUAUCCUGUCCUGUGUGCCACGACAUCCUCAGGGAUCCUGUUAUACUGUCAUGCCACCACAAACUCUGCACAGUCUGUCUACAUGAAUGCUGGAACCAGACAGAUUCUCGGCAAUGCCCUGUGUGCGAGACGAGGAUCUUAAUGGAUACAGCAAGGUCUGAGGUGCUCUGCAGUUUGCACAGUGAGAAAUUCAAACUCUUCUGCCAGGAGGAUAAAAAGCUAAUCUGUGUGGUAUGUCAGACUUCAAAAAAACACAAAAACCAUAACUGCAGCCCCAUAGAUGAAGCUGCACAGGAUCAGAAGGAAGAACUCCAGACAGCACUGAAUUCCUUAAAGGAGAAGCUUGGGGUCUUUAGUAAAAUUAGCCAAACCUGUGCUGAACACAUCUUGAGCCAGGCCCAGCACACAGAGGGUCAAAUUAAGGGGCAGUUUGAGAAGCUUCACCAGUUUCUACAAGAGGAAGAGGCAGCCAGGAUAGCUGAACUAAAAGAGGAAGAAGAGCACAAGAAUCGAGUGAUGAAAGAAAAUAUUGAAGAAAUGAGCAGAGAGAUAUCAUCACUUGCAAACACAAUCAGAUUCUUAGAGGAGGAGCUGAAAGCUGAAGACCUCUCAUUUCUGCAGAACUAUGAGUCCACAAAGGAAAGAGCCCAAUGCAAACUGCCAGAUCCAAUGCUGAUCUCAGGAGUGCUGAUAGACGUGGCUAAAUACUUGGGCAACCUGCAAUUUAGAGUCUGGGAGAAGAUGCAUGAGAUUGUGAAAUACACUCCUGUGAUUCUGAACCCCAAUACUUCCCAACCACAUCUCAUCCUGUCUGAUGAUCUGACCAGUGUGAGACACCGUGAUGAAGACAGCAUCAAUGACAGUGAUGAAACACGGCAGCUUCCUGACAACCCAGAGAGGUUUGAUACCGUUAGAAUGGUCCUAGGCUCCGAAGGCUUUAAUUCAGGGACACACAACUGGGACAUUGAGGUUGGGGACAAUACUCACUGGUCACUGGGUGUGAUUACAGAAUCUGUCCAGCGGAAGGGAGAAGUAAAGAAUGGAUACUGGCAAAUCCAAUUCACUGGUGGUAAAUAUGAUACACAUUCUCCAUCAGGGUCAGACACUCUCCUUACUGUGAGACAGAAACCCCUGAGGAUCAGAGUGCAGCUGGACUGGGAUGGAGGAAGAAAGCCGUUACAGAAUCACCCACCAACCAAGGACCAAGCGGCUUGGUAACAAACAGCGGCAGCAGCACCAGCAGCGGGAGCAACAGCAGCAGCAGCAAAAGCAGCAGCAGGAGAAGCA